AUGGCUGCCUCCACCCUGUCCGUCUGCUCCAGUGACCUGAGCUAUGACAGCCUUGCCUGCCAGCCUGGCUCCUGUGAUUCUUGUACUGAAUCCUCCUGGCAGGCGGAUGACUGUCCAGAGAGCUGCUGUGCGCCCUCCUGCUGCACCUCCAGCUGCUGGGUCCCCACCUGCUGUGUGCCCAGCUGCUGCCAGCCCACCUGCUGCACCUCCUGCCCCUGCCAGCCCGUCUGCUGCACACCGGUCUGCUGCAAGCCCCUGUGCUGCGUGCCCGUCUGCUCUGGGGCCUCCUCGUGCUGCCAGCCCACCUCCUGCACCUCAUCCUGCUGCAGACCCUCCUCCUGCGUGUCCCUCAUCUGCCGCCCCGUGUGCAGACCUACCUGCUGUGGCCCUGCCUCCUCCUGCUGUGGCCCUGCCUUCUCAUGCCAGCCCACCUCCUGCACCUCGUCCUGCUGCAGACCCUCCUCCUGCAUGUCUGUCAUCUGCCGCCCCGUGUGCAGGCCUGCCUGCUGCGUGCCCGCCUCCUCCUGCUGUGGCCCCACCUCCUCCUGCCAGCCCAGCUGCUGCCGCCCGUCCUCCUGCAUGUCCCUGAUCUGCCGCCCCGUGUGCUCCCGCCCGGCCUGCUGCUGA